CUGUGAUCCAAGUAUUGACUACAAUAAUCGUCGUGACUGUACUAGCGGGUCACUGGUACUGAGUCAACCACAGAGAGAUCGCUUCUCGAACCAUGCAGAAUCUCUUUAUCACAGACUCGCUGGAAGGUCGUCAUGAAGAACAACAAGGUGGUGUCACGGCCGAUAUGCACUCACCCCGCCUCGCCUAUAGUGAGGAUACCAUCGUCAACCUCAUUAGUGAUAUCUACCGCGUCUAUUUACAGCUGAACUAUAUCUCUGACUGGGAGGUCACCUGGCCGCCCACGCCUGAUGGCCACGCUAUCAACCAGGCUCUGUGCGAGGAGCUCCACCUCGAUCCCGUGGUGAUUUCGUUGAUGAAGCGAAUACCAUAUUUCCGAUUCUCAGAGAUCGCCGAUGAUGUCGAGUUUAUCCCCCCAUAUUCCCGUGCGUUUGUAUACCUCGAAGACGACGAAAUUCGUGGUGGCCGCGACCCCGACCGGUUCAGCUACUCCGAGACGCCGCGGCCAGAUUUCCUGCUUCCGCGGGAGAUUGCGCUGACCUGUUCCAUUGAUGAAGGCGUCCAUGUCAUUCUGGAUACGAAAGAAAAUACCAUCCGAGUUUGGACGUUCGAUGAUCCACCCCCGGGUGAUGAUAUGGACGAUUACCGCAAGUAUACUCCGGUUCAUGCUCCCAGCUAUCUAGCCGCGUAUCUGCAACAGCUCCGAUCACUCGAAAUCAUCCCAAGCCCGUCACGAUGUACUCGCAGAUUGUAUAAUAAAUACUACGAGGAUGUGUAUCCGGGAAUGAAGAAAGUCCUCCAGGAGCAAUACGGAUGGCCGAAUGAUUUCCAGGAGGCUGAGUGGAAGGCAGCGUCGAAGGUGACGUGGAAGCGAAUCCAGCUGGAGGACCCGGAUUAUGACACGGAUAAUGCUGAUGAGCUGGAACCGGAGGUAUUGAGGAAUAAUAAAGAUGGCUAUAGCUUUCAAUUUUAGUACUAAGUUCUACAAUAGUUGGAAAAGUGUGUGAAACAUAAGUGGUAAUAAGUCUUCCAUCAAGGAGUGGUCCCUCUUCGUGGGGCCGUGGGGAUUUGUCUUCCUCCUUCCGCAUCACACGUUGCUCCAUGAAUGCCUGUGCUUCCGCGAGCUGGGGGGAUUUGACGAUCGUCAGGGCCAUAUUCAUACUUUAUCGAAGCACGUGCAUAGUUGG